AUGCGCUGUACACAACCUAUGGUCGUAUGGAGCGGCUCUUGCCUCGCACUGAACUUUCCUUCACAUCGCACACCCGUAACGUACAAGUCUACAAGAUGUUUUGUCAUCGACAAACGCUUCUCUUUCACGUCGUUGAUGUUCUGA